AUGGAAUUGAAUACUUUCUCGGGACAUAUAAAGAAAACCACCGCCCUUCUCCAACAACAAUUAAGAUUAGCGAAUAUUAACGGCGACUUUAUCAUUAAUCAAAACAGCGUUGAAUAUGGCAUCGGAAUUGAAAAGAAUGAACUAGAUAUUUCUAUCGCUUCUCAUAAUAGUGACGUGCAAAAACUUCAUUUAAAAUUGACCCUAUUUAUUGAAGACUUAAGACGAAGGGAGGUCACUUUUCGCACAUUACCUGAAAUUGAAGGAGAUAAUUGGCAUGAUCAAGUCAAAAAUUUAUGUAGCCAUAUUUUACUUUCCUCUCUUGAUUCCGUUACUCGGUUAAGUUAUCAUUACUCUUUAGGAAUCUUAUUGGAACACCAAUUGUGGAAUAAUACUGCCCGCAAUGAAAUCCGUAAACUAUUUACUCCUCGAAAGUAUCUUGAAAUUUGGAAAAUCACCCAUCGGUAA